CGUGCAUCGAGAUUAGUUUUCUUGUACAAGUGGAAAUGAAAAGGGGCAGUCCUCUGCGACUGCAGCAGACGCAUAGCUUAUCUUCUUCAGGAGUGAAAAAAGUCAGAGAAAGGGGCUAUCGGCUUUCUUUAUUACUGCUACUACUUUUAUAGGAGUUGCGAAGGAAAGUGGAUUUUCAGAUAGGACAAUCAAGUUCUGGAUACUGAUAAUCGAAACACCUGUUUGUGCUAGGGGAUGAUUUGAAAGAUCAAUCGGUUGGUUGAGUAUUCUUGUCGAGAUGACGUGACUUCUUAUUCGGUGUUCUUUUAAUUCUCACGAAAUUUCGCGGUUGUAUUGCUUUGAUUUUGUCUUGAGUAGUUUAUAGUGUUUAUCAAUCGGAGAUUUGUAGCGGAAGUCAAAUAUGUUUUUCUGGACGUUGAAAUCGUGUUUGACUUGUUCUGGUUGAGCUGCCAGAACGAAUUUUCUUUGUUUGGCGAGGUUUCGUAACGGAGGAGUUUUGUUGUUUGGAGGUUAGGCUGGACAUGCGAGAAAUGAGAUUGGAAUAUUUAUUGAAAAGCAAACUGAAUACGGAAGGUUGUUUUCCUUGUUGUUAGUUUGUUUGCUUCUGGAAGCACGAAUUUCUUGGCUGUUGAUUGAUUUGAACUGUGGAAUCAAUUCGUAAAGAAAUGCAGGAGCCAAGUAUAGAUACCGAUAAGCUAAGUUAUGAAAUCUUCUCAAUUCUUGAGAGCAAUUUUCUCUUUGGCUACGAUGAUCAGAAGCUAUGGAUGCCUAAGCAGAUAUCUCCCGCUGUUGAUGGCAAACCAAUAUCCGAUACUGCAACUCAAGAACACGCUCGACUAGAAGAAAGCUGUGGCGCUUCGUCGAUAAGAAACCAGAGAGGCAAGGUUUGCAUUCUGAGCAUCGAUGGCGGAGGUAUGGGAGGGAUUCUCUCAGGUAAGGCUCUGGCUUACCUCGAACAAGCGCUCAAAACGAAAUCGGGAAAUCCUGACGCCAGAAUCGCCGAUUAUUUCGAUGUUGCUGCGGGAGCCGGUGUAGGAGGCAUUUUCACUGCGAUGCUUUUCGCAACGAAAGACCAUAGUCGGCCGAUGUAUAAAGCAGAGGACACUUGGCGGUUCUUGGCCGAUCAAGGCCAGCGGUUCUACCGUUCGAAUUCCAGUUCCGGUGGAGGUUUGUUUGGGCGGUUGCUCAAAAUCAAUCGUACAAAUUCCGCCAGUUUAGCCACUGCCGCUCUAGAAAAAGCGAUGAAAGAGGCUUUCACAGAUAAGGAACGGAGUUUAACCCUAAAAGAUACUCUGAAACCAGUUCUGGUACCUUGCUACGACCUGUCAACAACGGCGCCAUUUUUGUUCUCGCGAGCCGAUGCCCUAGAAAAGGAUAGCUUCAACUUCCGGCUCUGGGAGGUUUGCAGAGCAACAUCGGCCGAACCGGCAAUAUUUGAACCGGUAACAUUGAGGUCUAUCGACAACCAAACCAAUUGCCUGGCCAUCGACGGCGGUUUGACAAUGAGCAAUCCGACGGCGGCCGCGAUCACGCACGUACUGCACAACAAACAAGAAUUUCCAUUCGUCCGAGGAGUCGAAGACCUUCUGGUUCUGUCCUUAGGAACCGGCCAGCCAUUUGAGGCCCGCCGCGAUUACCGUCAGGUCAAAAGGUGGAAGGAGAAGGAGUGGAUUCGGCCCAUGAAUCGAAUCUCCGGUGAGGCCUCGGCCGACAUGGUGGACCAGGCCGUCGCCACGGCCUUCGGUCAGUCCAAGAGCUCUAAUUACGUGAGGAUUCAGGCACUUGGAUCAAGCUUAGGCCAGAGUGAACCUAGCUCAAGUACUGAUUCCAAUGCUGGUAAUGUAAAGAUGCUGGUUGAAUUGGCAGAUGAGGUCCUUAAGCAGAAGAAUGUUGAAUCUGUUCUCUUUGGAGGAAAGCGAUUUGCAGAGCAAACCAACUCCGAGAAGCUCGACUGGUUUGCUGGAGAAUUAGUGCUUGAACAUCAGAGGCGGGGCUGCAGAAUAGCUCCCACUGUGGCUUUCAAGCAAGCUACCACCCAGGAAAGUGUCAAGGAGCGCUCAUAAUGAAGAAAAGCACAUGUUGUUUUGGAAAUAGGAUGUUUAGGGGAGAAGAGGAGGAGGCCAGUAAGGAACUGAAAAGGACAAAA